GCGGGAAAGAACCGUUGCGGCCCGACUUUGCGCGGAGGUAGGAGGGGGAAGUGGAGGCGGGAGUGAAGUCUCGCGAGAAGAGUCGGUUGCCGUAGCAGAGCCCUCUAGCUGUGUGUGUCUGAGGCUCGGCCGCCGGAGCCGCGGACGGUUUGCUGAGCCCGUUAGUGCGCCCGGCCGAGACACGCCGCCGCCAUGUCCCGCUACCUGCGUCCCCCCAACACGUCUCUGUUCGUCAGGAACGUGGCCGACGACACCAGGUCUGAAGACUUGCGGCGUGAAUUUGGUCGUUAUGGUCCUAUAGUUGAUGUGUAUGUUCCACUUGAUUUCUACACUCGCCGUCCAAGAGGAUUUGCUUAUGUUCAAUUUGAGGAUGUUCGUGAUGCUGAAGACGCUUUACAUAAUUUGGACAGAAAGUGGAUUUGUGGACGGCAGAUUGAAAUACAGUUUGCCCAGGGGGAUCGAAAGACACCAAAUCAGAUGAAAGCCAAGGAAGGGAGGAAUGUGUACAGUUCUUCACGCUAUGAUGAUUAUGACAGAUACAGACGUUCUAGAAGCCGAAGUUAUGAAAGGAGGAGAUCAAGAAGUCGGUCUUUUGAUUACAACUAUAGAAGAUCGUAUAGUCCUAGAAACAGUAGACCGACUGGAAGACCACGGCGUAGCAGAAGCCAUUCCGACAAUGAUAGAUUCAAACACCGAAAUCGAUCUUUUUCAAGAUCUAAAUCCAAUUCAAGAUCACGGUCCAAGUCCCAGCCCAAGAAAGAAAUGAAGGCUAAAUCACGUUCUAGGUCUGCAUCUCACACCAAAACUAGAGGCACCUCUAAAACAGAUUCCAAAACACAUUAUAAGUCUGGCUCAAGAUAUGAAAAGGAAUCAAGGAAAAAAGAACCACCUAGAUCCAAAUCUCAGUCAAGAUCACAGUCUAGGUCUAGGUCAAAAUCUAGAUCAAGGUCUUGGACUAGUCCUAAGUCCAGUGGCCACUGAUAGUAUAAACCAUGGUCAUUUUUAGGCAUGUAUCAUUCAUUUACUCAUAGUUUGGUUUACUUAAAUUAUCAGGAAUACAAUGUUGCAAUGAUGCUUAAAAAACACUUGUUAGUUUUCCCUGUACCAGGCAAUGGUUAUAAUUAAAAUGAUAUGCUGUUGAGAAGCCACUCUUAAGAGUCCAGUUUGUUUAAUGUUAUGGGCAGCUACCAAUUUGUGGUGUCUCUGUAUAUUUUUGUAAAGAUUCUCAUUUUUUAUGCUUGAAGUAUUUGGUGAAAAGAUGUUGGUUGACCAUAAUUUGCAACAUUGUCUCAUUAAAAAUAAACUUUCAUAUUCAUAUUUGGUAGAACUGUUAACCUAGAAAUGUAGCUUGCUAAUAAGAUAGAAUGAUACAAAAGUGAAGUAGUAGCCACAGUACAACACUGACUGCUCAGACACAUUUAGGUUCAGGGUGGACCUUUAUGUCUUGUCAAGAUGUCGAGGCCCGGCCGGGCGCGGUGGCUCACACCUGUAAUCCCAGCACUUUGGGAGGCCGAGGCGGGCGGAUCACGAGGUCAGGAAUUCGAGACCAGCCUGACCAACAUGGUGAAACCCCGUCUCUACUAAAAAUACAAAAAUUAGCCGGGCAUGGUGCUGCAUGCCUGUAAUCUCAGCUACUCAGGAGGCUGAGGCAAGAGAAUCUCUUGAACCUGGGAGGUAGAAGUUGCAGUGAACCAAAAUCACGCCACUGCACUCCAGCCUGGGCAACAGAGUGAGACUCUGUCUCAAAAAAAAAAAAAAAAACCGGAUGUCUAGGCCAAUGAUAAUUAUUUUUGAUGCAGUGUGGAUUAGUUCUUUUGUUAACCCCACUGUCUUGGGGAAUGAUGCCAGCUGGGAAAUUGAGUUUUUGACUGAAACAUGGAGCCUUCACUGCUUUUUUUCUGGUUCCUAUGAAGAUUUGGAACAUAGAAAACACAAAAACUCACCUUAAAAUUUGAGCAGGUCGAUGAUGGCAAAAAUAAUUUUAAGGAAAAAGGAAUAUUCUUAUGUAGUUAUUCUAAAGUUUAAGGAGCGUUGUUGACCAUAAUAUUGCUUAGUUUUCUUACUGCUGUUAGAAGCAAGUAAAUUGUUUCAAAGUAGGUUUCGUGUGUGUGUGUGUGUGCCUAGUGUAAAAGAACUGAAAUUUUGAUGCUUACAGCACUUGGCUCGUGCAUUUGUAUCAAAAUUUGCCUGCCUCUUUGUGAGGGAGGCCUGCUUUUCACACCUCAGUUUAUUUAAUACGAGGCAAGUUGAAAGACAACACUCAUUCUAGGUGAUUCUGUGGUGCCAUGAAAUUUAAUUUGGGGAAAAGGAUAGUCAGUUUUAAGCAAGAGUCACAUCUUCUGAGCUUUCGAUUAUCAUUGUAGUACCUGACUAAAAAUGAAGUAAUACCCUUAACCAUUUAUAAUUUCUAGUAUUUCUCUGAAAGAUCGUUUUGGGGACAAAAGUGACUUGACAUGUCCAAUUUCAUUUCAGAAUAAAAAGCUAGCAUCUUUAAAAAUCUCAGAUUGCUUGCUUACAGAUAUAAGUAAGAAUUAUGGAGAAACGAUUCCUUUUAGAGGAUUACUUUUUUCAAUUUCGGUUUUAGUAAUCUAGGCUUUGCCUGUAAAGAAUACAACGAUGGAUUUUAAAUACUGUUUGUGGAAUGUGUUUAAAGGAUUGAUUCUAGAACCUUUGUAUAUUUGAUAGUAUUUCUAACUUUCGUUUCUUUACUGUUUGCAGUUAAUGUUCAUGUUCUGCUAUGCAAUCGUUUAUAUGCACGUUUCUUUAAUUUUUUUAGAUUUUCCUGGAUGUAUAGUUUAAACAACAAAAAGUCUAUUUAAAACUGUAGCAGUAGUUUACAGUUCUAGCAAAGAGGAAAGUUGUGGGGUUAAACUUUGUAUUUUCUUUCUUAUAGAGGCUUCUAAAAAGGUAUUUUUAUAUGUUCUUUUUAACAAAUAUUGUGUACAACCUUUAAAACAUCAAUGUUUGGAUCAAAACAAGACCCAGCUUAUUUUCUGCUUGCUGUAAAUUAAGCAAACAUGCUAUAAUAAAAACAAAAUGAAGGAAAUAAUGAUUAACUGGAAUUAUUACAGUAUUGAAUAUGAUUCUAAAAUAACAGUGGAAACAGUCCUUUAUAGAUUUAGGAAUAUUUUAAAUCAUUGUUGCACUAGGCACAACUAACUUUUACUUCGGAAAUGACAGAACUUGCCAGAAAGGUACAUCUUUUACACAGUAGUUAAAAAUUCAUUGUGUAAUAUCAAAGUUGUUUCAUGAUUGCUCAUUAAGCCUCUUGGGUUAACUAACUUAAGAGGUUAUUUGGUAGUGUUAAGAUGAAAUUUGGAUCACCUAAUUCCAAGUUUAUACUUUCAUUAUCGGAUGGAUCAGUAAUUCUGCUCUCCCUCUUCAUAAACAAGAUGCAUUAGGACUUAACGUUUAUGACAUGAUUUUAAAUCAUUUUAAAUUGAAUGUUGAUGAGCAACUAAUAUUAAGUGAUAAUCUCUUUGGGGAAGUAGGUUAGGUAUUUUGUGGUUUGAAUUCUAUCUACUUUAUGACAAUUAUAGCUAAUUUAUUAAGUAUUCAUGAUGUGCCAGACACUUGAAAAGGCUAUGUGUUAACUCACUCUUCACAAAACCCUAUGAGAAAGAUACUUUUAUUUUCCCCAUAUCACAGAUAAGGAAACUGAGGCACAAAGAAAAGACUAUAAGGCUGAGCCAGGAUUUAAGCCCAGGCCUGGUCCCUUAGUUUUGGGGGGUGGGGGGGGGGUUUGUUUGGUUUACAGACUAUAAUUUGAGAGAAGUAGAUUGAGGAGAUAGCUCAUUGAAAUUGUUCAUUUUCCAUAUAGAACUAGAAGGCCUAAUUUCAUUUUUAUUUUUACUUGUGUCAACUUAUUUUUAGACUUGGACUAUUGAGAACCUUAUAUGUUGUUCCUAAAGCAACACACCUAACAGCUUCAAAAGGACUAUAUUACAGUUGAACCCAUGGUAGUUUGGAUCCUACUGAUACUUGAUGAGGAUCUUUAUGUAGUGUUUUAUGUUAGUUUUGGGUGAUGUAGUUGAGUCCUCCACUUACUGAGUGUACCUACAGUGUAUGUGGUACUGGGCUCAAUAAUAAAUAGAAUGGUUAUAUCAACACUCAAAUGAGGGCUGACACACUUUACCUCUCCUUUUACUUAAGAUCUCUCUGCAUUUUUUUUUUUUUUUUUUGAAGCCAAGUAAGCAAGAAGAAAAAUGAGAGAUAAUGCUACAGUGAGAGAGGAAAGGUGCUACAUAGAGUAUGAGCUGUUAAGUUACAUCCCAGGGGAAAGACCUGGGAACUAUUGUAUUAUUCUCUUGAAAAUUUGGCCCAGUAAGCUGCUACAUCCAGUUCAACUAACAAAAUCCUGUAUACCACAGAGAAGAAUAAAGAAAACCAAACUGACAAACAUCCUUCUUUUAUUUAAGACCAAACUGCAGCUGGAAUACCCAGUACAGUUCUGCUUACUACACUUCAAGAAAGAUCUGAAAGCGGAAAAAGAACCAAAGAAGGGCAGUUCAAGCGACCAAAGGGUGGGUGGAAGGUGCUGCAGUAUGAAUACUGUACGAAUAUUUUGACUCUGGUCUGAAAAGAUAAAAGAAUGUUAUCGAAAACUACAUGGAAUAAUUGAAGUCCCUUCAAGUUUGAAAGUAAGCAUUUUAGGACAAAUAAAAGGAAAUUCAACUUUGUACUUGUGGAAACUAAUCCCUAAAUAUGAAUAGGUUUAUACUGAUUCGUGGGUAACAGGUCCAUAAUAAAUUAUUGGAAACUAGGAUGUCUGAAUAUCAAGGACAACAGCCAUAGUCUCUUACAGUGCCUCUGUUGGUCUGUCUCAAACUGAAUUGGGUGGGAAAAGGUAUGGUCCAAUAUAAAAGUUCCAUUUUUGCCAUUAUUGGCAAAUCUUGCCUUUAUUUUGGUGCCAGUGUUUUCUGCGUAAUCAUUUGCUGUGUUGGCAUCUGUGUUUAUUUGUACACCACAUGCAGUUUACAUCUUUCUUAACUGCUCUCCUUCCCAGGUAAAUUCCAAUUAUAUUUGACAUCCAGCUAAGAGGGCCCAUCUCUUCUCACCUCUUUCGUAGUCAGUAUGUUGAGCAAAUAUUUAUUGAGCCCUUACUGUGGGCAAAUCAUUGUACUGGAUAAUUGAGGAGAAAAAUAGAUAAUUCCCUUAUUCAGUAAAUGUCUACUGAGCACAAUCUAGUGAAUCAUUACAGUAUGGCCUCAUUGUUUUGUUUGAGGUGUAUUAUUCAUAACUAUUUUACACCAUUCGUAUCAGUGUAAUUAUAGAACACACUAUACUAUCAAAGAUAAUUGUGUGGUUAUCUGCCAUUUAAAAGUAUCCAGUAUUUGAUCCCAUUAUUACAAAUAAUGAAAAAAUGAUUUCUUUUAAUCUGUAAUAAACUGGUUUAUUGUGCAGUGACUGUAAUAUACUAGAGUUAUAAUAAAUUGUUUACUCUGCCUCACCAAACACAUACUAGGAUAUAACCCCCAAAAUAAGUAUUUAACUUUGCAUUAGAUAUAAAGGAGACUGGGUGCUAUAAUUAGAUUAUUUUGAGGCAGACAGAGAGCUGUUAUCCUAACUGAUUUAGUAUGUUCUGUAAUUGAGAAAAUGUUCACCAAAUUAUACUUUCUAGUGAUUUACAUGUACAUUUUAUAGGGGACAUGUUCUGUGUAUAGCGAAUAAAUAACUUUUAUAGUAUCACAAAAUGUUCUGGAUUCCUUAGUUUCUUAUUAGGAUAUGAUGUUUCUUUACCUAUACAUUGAUUCCAUCACAUUUGAUUUUUGUCAUCUUUUUUGCCACAUACUUAAAACUUUCCAUACAAAAUUAUUAACUAAAAAUCUGGAAGUAGAAUUUAAGCUUUUAAUUUAUAGCAAUUUUGAAAAUAUAGCAGAGGUAUAUUUUCAGGGGAGGUGUGAAAUGGAGGUAUUACUGUUUGUAUUUUAUUUUAGAAAUUUUUUUUGAACUUGCCCAAGAUCACACAGCAAGUGUCAGAUCCUAGGUUACAGCCCAUAAUCUUUCACUUGCUUCAUCUUUUGUUACCAUGUUUGUUGUUUAAUCAAAUGGGGAAGUGUUUUUAUAGCUUUAUUUUCAUGGAGAUAGUAACAUUGAUAUAAUGGGAUCUAGAAUUUACUUAAGAGUCAAAAUGACUAGAUUUAAUUACAAGAAGUAUUUUGUUGUAUACCGUUAUACGCUCAUUAACAUAGUGGGUUCUUACGGACAGAGGUUCUAUGUAUUUUUAAAAGAAUAUGUAGAGGUUAUAGACUUUUUUUGCCCUCUACCUCCCUUCUCCAUUUCCUUUUGAAGUUCAGACAUUUAAGGGGGAGAAUUAAGGUGCAUACUGAGUUGGGAUUUUGUUUAAAUUAGGUAAAUACAUAUAUAACUACAAUAACAAUAGUUGGUAGUUCUCUAAGUAUUUAAUUAUGGUGAAUCAGAAAAGGCCCUUCAAUUUUUGCAUCUGUUGAAUGAAUUGCUUUAGGAUCUCUUCUGUGGUUCUCUCUCUUUAUACUGAAUGCUGUCAAUAUUACUGAGCACUUACUGUGCCAAACCAUGUGCUUUUCAAAUAUUUCUAUUUAAUCCUAAAAACACUCCUGGGAAAUGGGUAUUAUCCCAUUUUACAAAUGAGAAAAUUGUCCUUUGUAGAAUACCCAUCAUUUGAUAGCUUCUUGCAUAUGCUAUUCAUUCCUCACAGCCUUACAAGGUAAAUGGAUAAUGUUCCUGGAUGACAGAUUAAAACGUAAUCCAAGAUCUCAUGGUUGUGUGGCUCAGAGACUCUAAGCAUGGCUUUCCAAAUCUCAUUGUCUUGUAGAGAUUUUCCAUUGUAUUACAUUUUGACCAUGUUCCUGUUUACAAAACCUAAGAUGAUAUUCUGAAGUAGCUGUGACUUGAGCAAUAGCUCAGGAAUAAUCUGAUGGCAUUCUACUAGGAAGGAGGACUAGCAAAGCCUAUAGUUAGGCUAUCCUAGGCAUGAACUAUUUUCAUUUUAGAUAGGAUGACUUGAUAAAUAGGAUGAAGUGAGCAACCUGUUUGUCUUCAGUUAUUGGUAUCUACAAGACAUUCUGCUAGUCACUGUGGAAAAGUUUCCUUCUCUUGGGUUUUUCCUCUGCCCCUUCCUCUUAACAGUGUUGGUUAUCUUUAUUAUGUUCCUCUGUAUUUGUAACAGCUGUUUCGCCCUUGUAUUGCACAAUGGGGAUUUUUCUUGGAAUAAAAAGUGAGGCAUGUAAAUUCAUUGAGAACUAACCGUAGUUUGUAAAGAAGUCAAAGGCCUUUGUAUCUAGUUUUUUGCAGAUCACAUUUCUUUGAAUGCUGGAAAGUGAAAUAAACUGGUCUAGGAGCCAAAAA